AUGUCUUCACGGCUAUCUAUCGCUUUAGGCCUCAUGGCUACCGGGUCUCUCGUGGCCGCCGGACCUUGCGAUCUUUACUCAGCCGGUGGUACCCCCUGCAUUGCAGCACACUCGACGACUCGAGCGCUCUACAGUGCCUUUUCCGGCUCGCUGUACCAGGUGAAGCGUGGUUCAGAUAACACUACAACCAACAUUGCACCUGUUUCUGCCGGCGGCGUUGCUAAUGCUGCCGCCCAAGAUACCUUCUGUGCCUCCACGACGUGCCUUAUCACCAUUAUUUACGACCAGUCUGGCAAAAGCAACCAUCUCACUCAGGCUCCUCCGGGCGGUUUCAAUGGUCCGGAAACCAAUCACUACGACAAUCUGGCCAGUGCUACUGGAGCACCCGUCACACUGAACGGCAAUAAGGCCUAUGGCGUCUUUAUUUCACCUGGCACGGGCUACCGCAACAACAAGGUCAGCGGCUCCGCUACAGGCGAUGCCGCUGAAGGCAUGUACGCCAUCUUCGACGGAACUCACUAUAAUGGGGGCUGCUGUUUUGACUAUGGUAACGCAGAAGUAAAUAGUUUAGAUACAGGCAAUGGUCACAUGGAGGCUCUCUACUUCGGCGAUAACAGUGCCUGGGGUAGCGGUUCAGGAAGCGGCCCUUGGGUCAUGGCUGACCUCGAGAACGGCCUGUUCUCCGGCCAAGGUUCAAAGCAAAACACCGCUGACCCAACUGUCACAUAUCGUUUCCUCACUGCCGUUCUCAAGGGUGGCGCCAACAAGUGGGCACUGAAAGGUGGCAAUGCUGCGUCGGGCUCGCUAUCGACCUAUUACAGUGGUGCUCGCCCAACCGCCUCUGGCUACAAUCCUAUGUCCAAGGAGGGUGCCAUCAUUCUCGGCAUAGGUGGUGACAAUAGUGUCAGUGCUCAGGGUACCUUUUACGAGGGUGUAAUGACCAGCGGCUAUCCUUCCGAUGAUGUCGAGAACUCCGUUCAAGCCAACAUCGUAGCGGCCAAAUAUGCGACCACGUCCUUAAACAGCGGCACAGCUUUCACCAAUGGUCAAUCCAUCUCCCUUCGCGCCACUACCUCUGGCUACGACACGCGCUACCUAGCCCACACCGGUGCCACUGUCAACACCCAGGUCGUCACUUCAUCAAGCGCCACAGCCCUCAAACAGCAAGCCAGCUGGACCGUUCGCACGGGUCUCGGUAACAGCGCAUGCUGGUCGUUCGAGUCAAAGGACACAGCUGGCAGCUACCUCCGUCACAACAACUUCGUUCUUCAACUUGUUGCGAACGAUGGUUCGAAGCAGUUCAAGGAAGAUGCUACCUUUUGUUCCGUUGCUGGGCUCGGCGGUUCAGGGCAGUCGAUUCGGGCUUGGGGCUAUCCUACUCGGUACAUCCGCCACUACGAAAAUGUGGGUUACAUUGCGAGUAACGGUGGUGUUCACGCGUUUGAUGCGGCGAGCUCGUUCAAUGCCGACGCUACUUGGGCGGUGAGCACGAGCUUUGCUUAG